AUGGUUGGCUCCGGACUCGUAGGAGAGGUGAGAGCCUCUGGAAGUGCGAGUGCCAUUGAGGCGCCGAAGCAGAGCUUCAAACCCUUUUUCAAGGCCUUAAAAGAGUCGAAGAGCCGGGGAGACUGGUUCAAAGCCUUGAAUGUUUUACAUCAAGCUCGCCGGCAAGGCCUUGAGCUCAACAAGGUCCUGACCACCUCGGCCCUGUCCUCCUGCGCCGGCGCCGCCUCAAGCGCCGAAACCGCGCCGCGGCUGCGGGGCGCCGAGCCGCUGGCGCAGUGGCGAUGGGCGGUGAAUCUUCUGGAGUCGAUGCGGCAAGCCGAACUGGAAACGAACCUCUUUGCCUGGAGUGCCUGUGUCUCCGCCUGUGAGAAGUCGCAGCUGAGUCAAAAAGACGUGCUGUCUCGUGACUUGUGGUCACUGGGUCUGCAGUUCCUGGCCAAAGCUGCCAGCGAAGACUGCGGCGUGAACGUGGUGCCCACCAGCGCUGCCAUAGCCUGCUGCGAAAAAACGCGGCGCUGUGGCCAGUGGGACAGGGCCAUCCACCUUCUCCAACAGAUGCCAACGAGCUCUGUGGAAGCCAAUGUGAUUAGUUUAGGAGCAGUUCUCAGCAGCUGCCAAAAAAGCUUUUGUUGGGGAACGACCUUGGAGCUGCUGGGCGCAGCGAAACAGCGCGGCCUGCAGCCCAACACGAUCGUGGUAAAUGCUGCAAUUUCGGUCUGCCAGAAGUUUCAGACCUGGGAGGCGGCUUUAGAAUUGCUUGGGCCAAACUCAAGUGCUGUAUCCUUUGGUGCAGCACUGGGCGCUUUUGAACCGGGCUCAUGGUUCUGGAGCUUGCAGCUCUUCACCUGCAUGACACAGCAGACCUUGCAGCCGAUGGUCUCCACUUGGAAUUCAGCCUUAUCUUCAGCUUCGGCGAAAUGGCGAUGGGCCUCCGAAAUCCUAGGACGGAUCCGAUCGCCCGAUACCUUAAGCCUGGCGAGUGCCAUUACGGCCUUCGCAGCAGGCAUCAAAGAUCCGACUUCACCUGAGGCGACCCUUUCGGGACUGCAGCAAGUGCAUCGGCGGCUCAGAGAACUGCCCGGGGAUCACAGCGGCUGCGACGCGGAGGUGUUACAAGCCACAGGUCGUGCAGGCAGCUGGCACCUGGCUCUGACGAUUUUCAACGAAGCCGGUGAGGCAGCAAAGAUCCUGCCGAUGCCGGGCUUUGCAGGUGCCCUGCGCGCAUCUCUGCUUUGGAGCCAAGCGGCCUGGUCCUGCGAGGCUGCGUGGCAACCGAGCAGCUGGCCUUUGCCCAAAGGCUUGGCGAAGUGCGAAGUGCUGCUGCCACUUUGA